UCACAUGCUAGGGACUUCUAGAAGUGGGUUCACCCCUCUUAACCAAGAAUACAAUUUAGAGAGAGAAAGAUAGGAAAGAGGUGUACUUUUAGAGAGAGAGAUGGGGAGAGGAAGAGUAGAGCUGAAGAGGAUAGAGAACAAAAUAAACAGGCAAGUGACAUUUGCAAAGAGAAGGAAUGGAAUUCUCAAGAAAGCUUAUGAGCUCUCCGUUCUCUGUGAUGCUGAGGUUGCUCUCAUCAUCUUUUCUAACCGUGGCAAGCUCUAUGAGUUCUGUAGCAGCUCUAGGUAUCCUCUCCAUGUCCUAAAGCAGAAUGGCUAUCAUGAAUAUCUGAGGCUCAAGACUAGGGUUGAGAUCCUACAACAAUCUCAGAGAAACCUGCUUGGUGAAGAUUUGGGUCCAUUAACCACAAAGGAGCUUGAGCAUCUUGAGCACCAACUAGAAAACUCCUUGAAGCAAAUCAGAUCAACCAAGACUCAAUUUAUGCUUGAUCAGCUUGCUGACCUUCAAAAGAAAGAACAAGUGCUAGCCGAAUCUAACAAAGCAUUAAGGAUGAAGCUGGAAGAAAGUACUAUGGAACCUCUUCAACUAUCAUGGGAGGCUGGAGAACAAAGCAUUCCAUACAACAACCAAAUUCCUGCUCGGUCCGAGGGAUUUUACCAGCCUCUGAGGCUCAAUUCAUCGCUGCAAAUCGGAUACAACCCUGUGGGUCCAGAUGAGCUACAUGUUGCAGCCCCUACGGCCCAAAAUGUCAAUGGAUUCAUUCCUGGCUGGAUGCUCUAAUCGAAAACCGACGUUCCAACGGGGAUUAUCCAUAAGAUAAAUUUUUUUUUUUUUUUGGUAGUUAUGAUCUGCAUUGAGCAAAUUGUAAUUAUUGUUUGACGACAAUAAGUAUUUUAUGGAUGAUGACCUAGACUGUUUAAGGAACAUGGCAUUGCCAUGAGAUGUAUGGCUUGUAAUUAUAUAAAUAUGAACUUAUAAAUUGGAACAUGAUGGAUGGGUGUGAAAACAAGCUUUUGAAAAAUGUAUUAUACAUUUUCUUGGUCAAUC